AUGGCAGCCUCUAUAGGGUCUUUUAUCCCCGUCCCAUUCUCCGAGACUACCGUCGCCCUACUCAAAGCAGGACCUGCACAACCUCUUCAACCUGUCUCACCCUCGAUAGGAGUGUCCUCUGAACAUGUAGCCGGUGGACCUACUGGAUUGGUCUUGCAGUCUGAUCCAUUCGAUAACAACGGAGAAGACUUCCUGAUUCGAGACUUGGAAGAGAAAGUAAGAUUAGUCUGUAGGACCAAUACAGCUUCUGGCAAACACGGUAAAGUCAUCACCGACAUCGACGGCAAUAUCCUCAUUUCACUCAAAACAAAGAUCUCCAUAUCAAAAUCCUAUGUAGGCGAGGAUGGUGAUGGGAAAGAGGUUUUGAAAGUGAAAAAGAAAUUUGCUCUUGGAUCAGCGUUCGAAGCAUCAUUCCACGAUGCCCUAUCAUCCAAAUCGAAAUCUAUUCAACUCCGGGGUGAUUUCUGGUUAGGUUCAGCAGAUAUACUAGUAGUCAGCGGACCAUUGAUAGCUCAGUUCUCGAGGAGGACAGUGGAUAGUCAAGGGUUAAAUCCGAAUAAAGAAACUUACAUUGUCAACGUUGCUCCUGGAGUGGAUCUCGCUUUGAUAACUGCGAUUUGUAUAUGUUUCGAACAAGCCUCCAAAGAGAAAUUACUACAGCAACAGAUAGCCGAGUCGAAGAAUGGCUCUCAACGGAGAUCAUAG